CUCACUUUGGAGGAACAACAGAUUUUUGUCUACUGGAAGAAUGCAGUGAAACUGCCAACAUUUCUAGCUGGAAUUAUAAAUUUAAUAUUCAACUUUAGUGUUACUAAUUUCUUACUAAAUAGUACCUCAAAGUAGAAGAAAAAUGUAUGGAAGUGCAAGAACAAUCAGCAACUUAGAAGGAAGUCCCUCCAGGUCUCCUCGUUUGCCAAGAUCCCCUCGCCUGGGCCAUAGGCGAACAAAUAGUGGAGGAGGAGGAGGAACAGGUAAGACAUUAUCAAUGGAGAACAUCCAGUCCCUUAAUGCAGCCUAUGCAACAUCUGGACCAAUGUAUCUGAGUGACCAUGAAGGUGUAGCUUCUACUACUUUCCCAAAGGGCACAAUGACUCUUGGAAGGGCUACAAAUCGAGCUAUGUAUGGUGGUCGAGUCACAGCUAUGGGGAGCAGUCCUAAUAUUGCUUCAGCUGGACUUUCACACACCGAUGUCCUUUCUUAUACUGAUCAGCAUGGAGGUCUGACCACAUCUUCACACCAUCACCACCAUCAGGUUCCUUCUAUGCUGAGACAGGUUAGGGAUAGUACCAUGUUAGACUUGCAGGCUCAGCUUAAGGAACUACAGAGAGAGAAUGAUCUUCUCAGAAAAGAACUAGACAUUAAGGACAGCAAGCUGGGAUCCUCCAUGAAUAGCAUCAAAACUUUCUGGAGUCCUGAGCUGAAGAAAGAAAGAGUACUGAGGAAAGAAGAAGCAGCCAGAAUGUCAGUUCUUAAAGAACAAAUGAGAGUUUCUCAUGAAGAAAAUCAGAAUGAAGUCGAAGUUAUGUUUUCAGCAAUGUUUGAGACCUAUGUCUUAGAAAAAGAGCAUCUUGCAAAUAUGAAUUUCAAAUACUUUUAUUCGCAACAUAACAGUCUUUUCA